AUGACCUCCCCACCGGACGCUCCCGACGCGGCUCACUGGCCGUUCAUCCUCAUCGUCUCCCACAGCCUAUCCGGGCACUUAGCACCCAUGAUCCGGAUCUCCUCCGCGCUGCACGCCCGCGGAUGGACCGUAUACUUCCUAGGCCCCACUGCGCACGCCUCCCGCAUACAGUUUACAGGUGCGACAUUCAUCCCCUUACGAGGCAGCGCCAAUCUCGACGACCAGGUCUACUACGAGUCUCCGCCCGUAGAUGGCUACAACGACCUGCACUGGGCGGAACGCGUGAUGAUCGACUUCCGCGUGCAAUGUCUGGAUCCGCUCCCAGAACAGUGGAUUUGCGUGAAGGCUGCACUGGAGAAACUGCAUAGCUUGGAUCCGGACCGGCAGGUCAUCGUACUGGCCGAGGCUUUCUUUUACGGCAUACUACCACUACAAUACGGAGCGCCACUUCCAGGCAAGAGGCCAAAGACCCUAUGCAUCUCCGUGACCAUCCCUGCGAUACGUAGCGCCAAGCUGCCUCCGUGCGGGUACCCGUUCCCGUUCGACCCCACGCCUGCCGGAAGGGAACUCAACGCGAGACUCUGGGUUAGCUGGAAGCGGAAAGGCGCGGCACUGACUGCCCUGCUCGAGCAGAAGAUGUCAGAGGUGGGCGCGACGAGGUCGGUGGGGGAACCGUUCCUGUCAGGGGCGAAUUAUUUGUGCCACAGCAAGAUCCUGCAGCUCGGUGUCCCGGGUUUCGAGUUCCCGCGCAGCGACUGGCCGCCGGGAUUCCGGUUCGCGGGGCUGGUGCAGGGCAAGAAGGCGAACAAAGAUGCUAAAGCGAUAUCACCACAAGAGGAAGCAGAAGUUAAAGCCAAAGCAAAGGCAAAACAACCAGAUUUCCCCUGGUGGACCGAACUCGUGUCCAACUCAGCCCUCCCACGGCAAGACCCCCGCCGCAAGAAGGUCGUCGUCGUGGCACAGGGCACCGUCGAGACGAACCCCAACGACCUGAUCAUACCCACCAUCCGCGCGUUCGCAGACCGGGAAGACGUCCUCGUCGUCGCCAUCCUCGGCUGGCGGGGCGCGAAACUGUCCCUCUCAACCUCAAACCUUUCCAACCCAGAUAUCACGACGACCACCACUAAAAACGACGAAAACGACGCCAUCGCGGAAUCCCCCCUCCCCGCCAACGCCCGCAUAGCAGACUACCUAAGCUACGACGCCGCCCUCUCGCACGCCGACGCCUGGGUGCACAACGGCGGCUUCGGCGCCGUGAACCACGGCAUCGCGAACGGCGUGCCGAUGGUAGUCGCGGGCGAGGGCAUGGACAAGACGGAGAACACGCGGCGCGUGGCAUGGAGCGGGAUCGGCGUGGACCUGAGGAGCGCGACGCCGGGGGUCGACGCGGUGCGAGAGGGGGUCGGCCGCGUGCUGCGAGAGGGACGUUUUCCGCUGCGCGUGGCGGAGCUGAGGAGGGAGAGCGAGGAAAUGGAUUGUUUUGGGAUUGUUCAUGAGGAGCUCUUCGGGCUUGUCGGGGUGUAG